AUGAAUGCAUCUUCUGGAAACGAUGAAAAUGAACUGGAGCCAACUGGAGGAAAGUGGAUCUGCCAGAUCACGGCAGGAGGCGCAGUCAUUGGCGUCUUAGGAAACAUCUUAGUGUGCUUCGUCAUUCUUCGUGUCAAAUUUCUACACAACAUGACAAACUACCUGCUGGUGAAUUUGGCCGUAGCUGAUCUUCUGAUGUGCCUCCUGAUAUUUUUCUUUGACCUAACAUCGGGAGGAAACUGUGCACUUUAUCAUAUUGCGCCAACUAGCUCUGGUGCGAGACAGCUUUUCUGCCGACUUUUAGUGUCUGGUUAUUUUAUCUGGGUAACAUCCUGCGCAUCGGGAUAUAAUCUCUGUGUGGUAACAUUAGAGAGAUAUUAUGCCAUAGUGCAUCCACUGCAGUAUGCAAGGAAACUCACAGCAACACGGAUGAAAAUUCUGAUUGCUCUGAUCUGGAUCAUCUCAUUUCUUUUUUCGAUACCUUUGGUGUUUAAUACUCAACCCAGUGAUGAUCCUGACCAUACUUGCUCAGAAAUCGACUACCCACACAGGGUGCUUUCUCUUCUGAUUGGUGUGUUUACAUUUCUGGUGAUGUACCUACUGCCCAUAACACUGACGAGUCUUGCUUACUACAAGAUGCAAAUCGCUCUGAAAAGACAAGUCAAAGCCCUGAACCUGCAACAUGCAAGGGCAGCAGCCUAUGAUCUUGUGAUUGCUAGACAGCGUCUGGUCAGCAUGCUUACGAUCGUCUUGGGAGCUCUUGUUAUCCUAUGGACACCAAGUUAUGUAGGUCUUCUUCUCUGUCUGCGUCCAACGAAAAACGGUUAUUUUCUUUACUGUGGUUCAAAAGGCUUCAAGUACUUCAAAGCAAUUGCUGAUUUGCUCUUUUAUCUUAAUUCAGUAAUAAAUCCCAUCAUCUAUGCAUUUAAAUAUAAAAAAUUCCGACAAGGAUUCAAAUUCGCUUGGUGCCGACAUAAUUGA